UAUGGGGAAGAGUUAUCAUACAGUGUGAUCUACUGUACAUAAGCUGCUGAGAACAUGUCAUUCGCAGGGACCGUGUCAGCGCAGCAAGAGCCCUUAUCACAUAAAGAUGAUGUAGAAGAUUGCAAGGAGUUACUUAAUCAUGACAGCAAUUACAAGCAACAUGAGUGGUCUUCUGACCAUGAAGCAGAGCACUGCAAAGGGGUCUACUUACCACUUAUUCACAACGAUGUGCCCACCUAUCCUAAGAAGCAACCUAGAUAUGGGAGCUGAAUGGAGUUUUUAUCCCAACUGUGGCUUUCCCCUCAUUUACCACGUUGGAAAGCGAUGUUUUAUUGACGGGAUUCACCAGAGCAGCCAAACGUCCACGCCUGCACAGACAUUACCAAUGGGCUUAGGAAGGAAAAAGAAAGUGCCUGAUCCCAGGAACGGGAUCUCUGCUGCCCAGCCGGGUGAUAAACCUUUCCGUACAGUGGAAUACAGCCCCAGCUUUUACAAAUUUGGAUCUACAUUACCAAUGGUUAAUUUUAGGGGAUCCUAUAGGAUUAAAGCGGACACAUUUAUUCCUCUUCAGAAACUGCCCAAAGAACCCCGCGUUCCAUUUAGAGUAAAGCUCAGGAGGCAAAAUCUGGAAGAAGAAAAAAGAGACGUUGAAGAACUCAACACAUGGAAACCGGCUCAGAGAUCAUUUCUCUUUGAUCCACCUGGAAAUGGGAAAAUAAAACCAGAUCAAGACACACCGGCAAAGCAAUAGUUUAAAUGCACAUUGUCACACAGCUUACUGUUUUUACUUCUCUCUCCCAACUUAAUAUCACCCAUAUGAUUACAAUCUGCAUUUAUUAUUCAAUAAGUAAAAUGGAGACAUUUUAUAUAUAAUUCAUUGUAAGUACAGUUGUAAUGCGAAAAUUAUUGUUAGCAGUGUGCAUUGCCAUUACACAUACUAAUGAUUACUAGUCACUCGCAAUUGUUCAGCACAAUACACAAAUCAUCUAUAAGA